GCUUCACUUGCCCUCUGCAAAACACAAGUUCUAAGAAAGCAUUCUUAAAAACGAAGAGAGACUAUUUGUGGAGGAGUUAAUUUCUGCAAUAUUGCAGGGGAAAUAGAAAGCACGAAGCAAAUAAGGUAGAAUAAAGAUUACAGUCAGUAGUAUCGAGUUAUCUUGUUUGUCUUCCAAUCAACGGGCUUCUUUGAGGAUAAAGUACGUUGAAUUUGCUGUUUUAUUACAGAAUAAAAAAAGGGAUUCAUCUCUUCAGCAUUCGGUUACUUUCAAAACAAUUGGAAGGAAAAAAGUGGAUCGUUUGGACUUUAAACUAUCAUCGGAAAAUUACUGAGUUUAUCGAUAAACUUUGGUUCUUCAUUGUCUUGUAAAUUUCAAGACUUUUACUGUGUUUGUGUCUUAUAGUAACACCUAUCAUCUUAUCUUAUUUUAUAAAUUUUCCUUUUCAUUAGGAAAUAUAUUCAGUGUGUUUUAAAAUGCAGACUGCAGCAUAUCCUGCAUCAUCUACCGAUCAAACUAGCAAAGUGGAUGGCUACAUGGAUCGGCAACCCGACGGUACCCCCAAAUCUCCGCCUCAAGAGCAAAAAAAUAAUGGUUCAGAGCAAGAAGAGCAAAAGUCUGUGGAAAAAACAAAUUCUUCGUCUAAUGUCUAUUCAUCUGGUAUUCCUGCCGCUUUAGACGAAGCAACUAUGAGCCAGCCAGCGCCAUCAGCUUCAGAGGGACCUCAAGUAGAGUCCAUGCAAUCUAUGCAAGAAGCCGGAUCUGCGGAACAACAACAGCCUUCAUUUUCCACGGAUAAGCCAGCCCCUUCGUCUAGUGAAGCCAGUUCUCGGAGUACUGAGACUCAGCAAUACAGAAAUACCGGAAGAAGCGCCGACAACUUUCGAGAUCGCCAACUUCGCAAGGCACGCCUUGUACAGUUACUUGAUCUACAGAGAAAACGAAUCCGUCCUGCGGACCAUACAACCAAGGGUCGCUAUGGAAUCCAAGAUUUUGAUUGUCUGCAAACCUUAGGUACAGGAUCGUUCGGCAGAGUACAUUUGGUUCAAUCCAAACACAAUCGGUUGUUCUACGCUAUUAAAGUUUUGGAAAAACGAAAAGUGGUUGACAUGAAGCAAGUUGAACAUACUUGCGACGAGCGCCAUAUUCUUUCUAGAGUUCAGCAUCCUUUUAUCACAAUUUUGUGGGGAACGUUCCAAGACGCUAAGAAUUUAUUCAUGGUCAUGGAUUUUGCGGAAGGUGGUGAGUUGUUUUCCCUUCUUAGAAAAUGUCAUCGUUUUCCGGAGAAGGUUGCGAAGUUUUAUGCAGCCGAAGUUAUUUUGGCUUUAGAUUAUUUGCAUCAUAACCAAAUCGUAUAUCGUGACUUAAAGCCUGAAAAUCUUUUACUCGAUCGAUUUGGACAUUUAAAAAUUGUCGACUUUGGCUUUGCGAAACGUGUUUCUACCAAUAAUUGCUUUACGCUGUGUGGAACCCCGGAUUACUUGGCUCCUGAAAUUAUUUCUUUGAAACCCUAUAACAAAGCUGCUGACUGGUGGUCCUUGGGUAUUUUCAUAUUCGAAAUGCUUGCUGGUUACCCUCCCUUUUAUUCGGAGAAUCCAAUGAAACUUUAUGAGAAUAUCCUUGAAGGUAAUAUCUCCUAUCCCCAAUAUUUUUCCUCGUCUAGCAUUGACCUUAUGAAUCAUCUUCUUCAAAGAGAUAUUACUAAUCGGUAUGGAAACCUUAAAGAUGGAAGUAUGGAUAUAAUUAUGCAUCCUUGGUUCCGAGACAUCAGUUGGGACAAGAUUUUGACUCGUAAAAUUGAAGUUCCUUAUGUACCUCCAAUCCGUGCUGGCAUGGGUGAUUCGAGUCAAUUUGAGGCUUAUGCUACUGGUCCCACGAAUUAUGGUGGCACUGAGAAUCCAGAAUUCACGGAUAUUUUCCAAGAUUUUUAAACUGUUGUGAAAGACUCAGAAAACCGUUGGUAUUUAUUCCUAUCUUUGACAACCGUACAUAGGAUAAAUCGUGAAUUAUUAUGUAUGAUUUUGUAUGAUUUUGUUAUGUUAUUUUGGAAUCCAUAACUUUUUGAUUUUUCUUACUGCUUUUUUGAGUUCUAUUAUUGCUGAGUUUUCCACUAAUUCGUCCUCAUCUUAAAAUAUUUAUUAAUUGUGGUAUCGUGUGAAUAUACCUUGUCAUAUGAUCUAUUUUGGACGAGAUCUUUGAAAAAGAAAAUGCUGAUGUUAUGCGUUUUUAGUUCAAGAAAUAAAAAGUGUUAGUCUUUUUUUCCUAUAUUUUUCUUUUACAGUUUUGAUUUCUAUGAUGCGGUUUAGCUUGCUCUGUAUCAAUCCUAAUGAAAGAAUCCCAGCUUUUUAUUUGCAAGUAAUACCUACAAUUCAGCAAAAUUUAUAUGCUAUUUCUAUUGUGCUUUGACUAAAGUAGUAAUUCACGUUUUAAUUUAAUUUCAUUAUUCAUGUCACAUCCCGUAAUGAAAUGGUUAUUAUAGG